GAGCAAGAUGUGGCUAAGGCUGAUCUCAGUGGUUGCAGAAUUUUGUUUUUCCCCCUUUUUAGUUGCAGAUCAAGAAACAGCUUCCGAUGCCCCUGAGCAGAGCUCUCUUUCCUCUCAAGCCCCCCAGGAGCCCACAAGCAUGGUCUCAAUGAUGGAAAAUUCCAGUAUACAAGAGACUGACGAGAAAGAGAAAAAGCAUGCCACUCAAGACCCUGAUUUGACCACUGAAGCCAGUGCUCGGUACACAGGCCUGGAGAGGAGGAAGAGUGGCAUCCUGCUGCUCACGCUGGUGUCCUUCCUCAUCUUCAUCCUCUUCAUCAUUGUUCAACUCUUCAUCAUGAAGCUCCGUAAAGCACACGUGAUAUGGAAGAAGGAAAGUGAAAUUUCGGAGCAAACUCUAGAAAGUUACAGGUCAAGAUCCAACAAUGAAGAGACAUCUUCUUCCCAAGAGAAUAGCAGCCAGAUUUCCCAGUCUAAGCAUUGUAUGAACUACAUCACGCGGUUGUACUCGGGAGCCAAAACAAAGAGAAAGGAGAAGGCACAGCACUGGAAACUAGAAGGCAAGCACAGUCGUGUCCCAGAGAGUAUUGUGUAAGUGUGCCAUGCAAUAGAAGAUGGGAUUGCAGGGCAGCUGCAGAAGGCCGGAAAGGAACGUAAGAACUGUGGCAUGGGAAAAAAAAUGUCCAUUGAGUACAAUUCAGGACAGUGGCCACUGAGCCAGGGCAGCAACAUGAGAACCAAGCCAUGAACAUUGAAAGAAAAACAGACAGAACCUAUUAUUACUAACACUACUCAGAGCCGGAGAGCUCUACUAAGUCUUUUGGAUCAGGGUCAGUGUGACCAGCGAAUGUCUGACCUCGAAGGAAGCAGUAGACAGCAGUUUUUAGACAAGGGGCUGUAAUAGAACUAUUUAAAUUGGUUUAAAUCUUUCCUUCUGGUCAAGAAGAACUUAAGGAUGAGAAGAACCCAAGAAGACUUGAGAUACCAGAAGCCCGCUUUCAAGACAGGCUGUCAGAAGCUGCCCCAUGGACGCUAGGGGGAAACAGGAUGUCACAGCAUGUGAUGGACAUGAAGGCCUAGAGAGCUACACUUCACAACCCAAGGACUGAAUUCAGCUGCCAGUUCCUUGGGCUUCCUUGCUAACCAUGUGAGGUAACCUGGCAGACAACUUUUUAACCUGAAUACACCAUGACAAAAGCAUGUUCAGAAGAAAACCAUGCGUUUAAUUAACAGAUUGUUAAACUCAUGAGUGGCUUUUUCUUUCAUAAAGACAGCGUGUGUCUUUCUAGAGGUUGUUGUGCUUCUUGAUUCUGUGUUUUAAAUGAUU